UAACACCUGGUGAUGGCACCAAACAGCUGUGCGUCGGUCAAUUUUUAUUUGUAAAAUAAAACGCAUUUUAGCGAGUUUUGUGCAUUUAGUGGCGUUAUUUGGAGCAAAUGCCUUGUUUUCUGUGCACCCAGCGUACGGAGGACGCAGUGGGCAACAUAGAAUUCGCCUCGGAGGAGGCCGAUUCCCUGGGCCUGCGAUGCAUCAUCGAGAAACACUUUUGGCUGCGGAUCCCUUCCUCGACCAUCGGUUAUGUGUGCGGCGCCUGCUGGGAGCAGCUGCUGCUCUUCCACAACUUCUAUCUGAGCGUGGAGCAGGCACACAAGGCGCUGGAGCAAACGCUUCCGGAGGAAACAGCUGCACCAGAAGUGGUUUCCAAAGAACCCCUGGUGAAAAACGAGCAGGUGGAGAGCGUGGCCGCUGCCGUGAAGCGCCGACGAGGACGACCCCGUAAAACCGCUCCAAAAGAUGUCAGCGAGGAAUUUAAAACCGUACUGGAGCAAAUCAACCUGAACGAGAUAAAAAUCGAGUACCCCGAAGCGGAUUUAACCAUUGCCGAUGUGCUGGAGGAUCAGGAGGAGGAGGAGCAUGACUUCAUCAGCGGGGACGGCGAAGAGGAGGAGGAGCAAGAGGAACCCCAGCCCAAGAUUAAGCGAAAGGUUCGCGGACGACCAAGGGGACGCGGGCGCGUGCGACUGGCAGAGCGGCCCAAGAAAUCCGGUUUGCCAAACAUCCGGAAGUCCCAGGAGUUCAACGACUACAUUCGCGAGCACUACAAAGUCCUUUGCCACAUCUGCAGCGCGCCCAUGGAGGGCUUUUCCGAGAUGCUGACCCAUGUGCGACGCGAGCACAAGCAGCGCGGCUACUCGAUGUGCUGCAACCGCAAGUUCUGGAAGCGGGGCGUCCUCGUGGACCACCUGCGUCGCCACCAGGAUCCCGAGCUAUUCAAGUGCACCAUCUGCGCACGCGUCAUGGGCGAGCGGCGCAGUCUGGAGCUGCACAUGCGCAUGCACGAGAUCAAGACGCGCGGACGCCUCUACCAUUGCGACCACUGCGCCAAGAGCUUCUACAGCUCCGUUGUGUGCGAGCGCCACAAGCUGACGCACAUUCCGCGGGAGCAGUGGCAGGAUAAGUGCACCCACUGCGAGAAGACUUUCCCCACACAGUAUUUAAUGCAGCAGCACGUCAAGCUGGUCCACUUGAAUUUGUACGCCAAGAUCUGUGAUGUCUGCGGAAAAUCGAUCCGGGGACGCGAAGCCUUGGCUAGGCACAUGGAGGAGCACACGGGCGCCACUCAGGCGGCCAUCAAGUGCCACUUGUGCGACUCUAUGCUAACCACCAAAUACGGACUGGCGCGGCACAUAAAAAUGAUGCACACCGCCGAGAAUCUGCAGCCCAUGCAGUGCGAGCUCUGCCUGAAGAUCUCGCCCAGCCUGCAGGCGCACCAGCACCACAUUAAGUACACCCACAACACAGCGAGGACUCAUCAGUGCCCCAUGUGCGAGAAGGCCUUCAAGAGACCCAACGAACUGAAGGAACACAUGACCACACACACGGGCGAGGUUUUGUACACAUGUCCUCACUGCCCGCAGACCUUUAACUCGAAUGCCAAUAUGCAUGCCCAUCGCAAGAAGGUGCACCGCAAGGAGUGGGAGGAGAACCGCCACCAGCGGUUCAGUCGUCCUCGCAAAGCGGACACAAUCAUCGCGGUGAGCGUACGCAAGACCACGGAGGCCAGGCAGGAUGGCGGAACAGGAGGCGGAGAAGCGAUAGCAGCACAAAAUAGCCCUGGAGCAGAGUGCUAGCCCUAGGUGACCCUUUGACCCAAUAAAAACCAAAUCAGAGCGACGCGCGGGGUAAACAAUUUGUAAGAUCUUUAAUUGAAAACCCUGCUUCGAUCGGAUGAGCCGGCUGAAACCGGUUCGUCCAUCUGCACCCUGAUCAUCUCGAACUGGUAUAACGUUAUCAGUGAUUAAGGUCGAAUCUGGUAAUUUAUAUAGACGCAUAUAGCACAUGGUUCUUAUUUUGAAACCGAUCGAGCCGCGAUGCCAGGCUCAGGCAGACGGACAAACCGGUUCGAGUCGGUUUCGGAAAAGUGGAUUUGUGCUCCUUAUCAGGGAAUUGGCAUUAUCAUGCUCAGUUCAAAGGUACCAUCGAUCGGCGUGUGUUUGUACACAUUCUAGUCUUCUGCGGAAUCUUCAAUCUGUGCCAUAGAAAUGACGAGACAAGUUCUCUUGGUUUGUUUUUCGUUCAGUGGUAACGUCUUAUUUACCAAUGG